AUGGCACCUUAUGAAGCCUUAUAUGGAAGACCAUGUCACUUCCCCGUGUGUUGGGCCGAAGUCGGAGAUAGAUCUUUGUUAGGGCCUGAAAUUGUACAGUUGAUGACUGAAAAGAUUAAAAGUAUUUGGGAAAGACUAAGAAUCGCACAAAGUAGCCAAAAACGUUAUGCGGAUAAUCGACGAAGGAAUUUGGAAUUUGAUGCAGGUAAUCAUGUUUUUGUGAAAGUCACUCCAAUGAAGGGACAUCCUAGAUUCGGUAAAAAAGGUAAAUUAAAACCCCGAUAUGUUGGUCCGUUCCAAAUCUUGGAGAAUGUGGGUUCGGUAGCUUACCGGGUAGCCCUUCCAUCAAGUAUAAGCCAAGUACAUAACGUAUUUCAUGUAUCGAUGCUUCGAGGUGACCUCCCAGAUCCGUCUCAUGUCAUAGAUUACCACCAAAUUGUGUUGGAUGAUAAGUUAACUUAUGAGGAAAAACCAAUCUGA